AUGGGCUCUGUCGCAAACACCGACGUCACGCUACCUGACGCUGUGGUUCCAAAACGGGAGUCGAGUGGUGAACGGUAUUCGUCGUCGUCGGCCUCGACCCCAGAGCCGGCGGACGACACAGCAGGCGACGCGGGCCACACGUCUAAAGAGCCAGCUCCUGCGCCCAAGCGCAAAGGAGGCCGAAAGCCGAUUUAUGCGACCUCAGAGGAACGCAAACAACGUAAUCGUCAGGCGCAAGCGGCUUUUCGCGAACGACGGACCGAGUAUAUCAAACAACUCGAGUCGACCAUCCAGCACCAUGAAGAAACUCUCCAGAAUCUCCAACAGAGUCACCGCGCGGCGGCCGACGAGUGCCUAAUGCUACGGUAUAAGAAUUCGUUGCUUGAACGGAUUCUGCUUGAGAAAGGUAUCGAUGUCCAAGCCGAACUUGCACUCAAAGGGAGUCCCACCCUUCGACCACUUCGCGCGCCUCCCAUUACUGGGCAGGCCUCGCCAAUGCAAAAGGCAAUGCUCAACAGACAGCAGCAGACGAGACAUCGACCUACGAUGGCACCCCCAAUUCAGACUGUAAAUCCUCCUUCCCAUGUUGGAGGUACGCGAACUUUCGCAGGCUCACCCACAGCACAGCCCACUCCUCCUUCGCAGCACUCCUCACCUUCCACAGCAAGAUCGCCUGGUUUUGCUUUGCAAGGUGGGAUGACCUCACCCGCAACGGAGAUGACAACUCAGCAGCCUCAACAGCAGCCACAGGGCCGAACCGUACCUCCGCCGCAUCGCGGCUCAUUCCUUCCGCAGCCUAGGCCCCAGGGACAUCUUCUGUCUGGGCCGAGUACAUCACAGGCUUAUCCUCCACGCACUCAACAAGAGACCUACUAUUCAGCCUCAUUCCAGAAACACUACACUCAACUCGGCAAGCUGACCCAGCAGGAGUACGAUGCGCAGGCCGAUAUUCUGGACGACCUAGACGGCGACGACGUCGAUACCGAUAGCUUCAUCCCGAACUUUCGACUCCCUCCUACAACCACGUCAGCGAGCAUGUCCAUGGGCAUGCAAGCCUCACCUCCAACGACGACUAGUGCAGCUAGCGACGGCGGAGGUGGCGGUGGUGCUACCAUCGAUCCGUACGAUCCCAUACUGGAUGCGGACCCUUUUGGUCUGACUGCCAGUAUGCAUUUUCCCAAUCCUUACCCUUACCCACCUACACACGCCAGACGGUGA